UUUACCACAAAGAUGAAGGCUGCAUUUGUAGGAGUUCUAGCCUGGCUUGCCUACAUCACUACAUGUAACAGUAUGCUUAAUUCUGAAGAAUAUUUAAACCAUGUAAGGGACUGCAAAACAACUUGUCGUGAAAUGGAUUGGGAACCAAAAUGUACAAAGAACCUUGUGAAUGAUCAGAAACAAACGAUCGCUUUCUACGCAGUGCUGACAAGCAGUAUAAAUGCUCUUGCCAAUGGGGCUAUUGUGAAAUAUGGAAUUGUUGAAUUGAAUGUCGGAAAAGGCUAUGACAGAGACACUGGAGUUUUCACUGCUAAAGAGGCCGGCAUCUAUUCCUUUAGCUGGUGCUAUUUGACAAAGAAAGGAUAUACUGCCUAUAUUUCUGGAUAUGUCGAAGCAAAAGAAUAUUCUCGUGCAACAAUUGAACAUCAGGCUAGCACCUGGAUGACUACUUGUGGACAUAUGGUAGUUGCACUGAAGACCGGAAACAAGGUCUCAACUAAAAAUGUAUCCGGGAAGAAUAUUUAUCUGCACAGGGCUAAUUCAUAUUUUAUGGGUUAUAAAUUGUAA